AUGGUUGAGGUAUCAUCUAGCUACUCUCAGUCCACUGAUGUCUUUACGCUCUUAUCAUGGUUAAAUCUAGACCGAUUAGGAAAACGAGCUGUCCUCGAUGGUGCCGUCUGCUCUUUUGCUUUGCAUCUCGCUGGCAAAGCAAGCUCCAAUACAGCUCUAGUCGCUCAAAGCCGGACUAUGUACGGCCUGGCACUCAGUGAACUACAAGCAGCUCUCCGACACUCUACAGAAUGGAAGACAUCUGAGACUUUGUGCGCCGCUAUACUCCUAUGCUACUUCGAGCUAUUUGCUGGAACCAGCAGUUCUGAAACCUGGCUCCAACAUGCCAAAGGCAUUGGUACUUUGAUGGAACAGCGAGGGCCAGCCGCUCACGCAGAGGGGUGGGAUGCCGCCAUGUUACUGUCGUUCCGUGGCGUUCUUAUAAUAGGCGACUUUUUUUAUCCCGGCGAGGAAGAAUUAUUUCUGUCACGGCCGGAAUGGAAUCAAGUGAUGUUCGACGGCGGAAGACGCCUCAUCUACAAUGCUGAUACCCCGAUCGGUCAUAUUCACGUUGGUGAUGGCUUUCUCGCGAACCUGACACAGCUUUCACCUGUCAUACACUGGGGGUAUCUCGUCCGUGAAGCCAACAGGGCUGGCAUCUCUGUUGAGCCUAGCAAAGUCUCCGCCCUGGCCCAGAUGGCUCUGGUAAGCCAUGCCAGAUUCGUGCGAUGGUACGAAGAGUUUGAUGCUCUUGAGUUUCCACGUCCUAUUGAGACUUUGCCUACUGAUCCAACGGCUUCACUAUUCAAGACGGUGUUGGAACAUCAAUCGGCAGCGGCCGGUUCUUUACUCAUGGGAUAUUGGGCGAGUAUGCUUAUUAUUGAAGAAACAUUGAUCGAGUGUGGAACACCACGAGCCAAUGCAGAUGUAUCCUCUCGAUAUUUUGUGGAACAGAUACUGCGCUCGAUAGAAUCUGUAGCACAAGGCGCCAUGGGACCAUAUCGAAUCGGGUUUGCUGUGCGUAUUGUGUAUGAGUUUUCGACUGGCGAAGAGCAAAGAUGGAUUGGCAGUCUCUUGGAUAAGUUCUCCAAGGGAUAUGCGGCUGUGGACAAAAGAACGUACCCUAAGCCAAAGGACGACAUUGUUGGAUCAGUCGGAGGUGUUUUUUAG